UUGCCAGCGGCCGGUCGGCAGGACACGCGUCGAGUCGAAGCCACCGAUAGAAAACUAGGAGCCGAACUAGAGAAACCGAUACAAGGAGCGUACCCUCGGUAUAGGUAUAAUGAAAAAACAAUCCCGAUCGAAUCGGAGAAGGAUGAAAACGAGGAAAAAUCACUCCAGAGUGAUAAAGUAGACGUAGAAAUAUCAGAUCUUGAUUCUAUGAACAAGAUAGAGGUUCCCAAAAAAUCUGAUACCGAUAGUCAUGUUACCGAAGAAACGUUGGAUAAUUUCCAAAACAUGGGUGUAAAGAAUACCGAUGUGGUAGAAGAAUUAGAAGGUGUGAAUAUUCAAUAUGAUUAUAAUGUGCCAAACAAAAUAGAUACUAAAACACAACAUGUUGCCUAUCCAUUAGAAGACUCGUACAAGGAAGACCAAAAUUUAGUUGUUGUCAUGAAUAUUGAAAAGGAGAGUAAAAAUAUAGAAACAUCGACUGAAAUUGAGUCGGAUGAUGUUUUAAUUGAACAAGCUAUAUUUGGGUCAGUACAACAACGUAGGAAACCAGUAGAAAGAUCAGAGAUUCCUGGAGUUGUAAUAAAUGAAGAAGUAAAACCAUAUAUGAUUGGACUCGAUUUUGAGCAACUGGACUAUAAUUAUUAUCAAUACAUUAGCAACAAAACCAGCAGUGAUAUAAUUACUAGUCCGAAGGAGGGACAAGUCGAUAAUGAUUUAAGCAAUGAAUAUAAAGAAAAAAAUUAUAUUGCGGAGCUAGAAAAGCAAGAGGGCUAUAAUGAGGAGCAUGUUGAAACAAAUUCCAUAAGUGAGAAAAUUCAACAAGAUCAAGCAAGUGAUAAUGUACAUGUAAAGGAAUUUAAUUCAGGCAUUGAUGACAUUUCUGAAAUUGUAACACCUUCUAUAAAGGAAACAGGGCUUUCUGCUGUACAUGAAAUUUCACCAGAAAAAUCUGAAUCCCUUGCUAUCCUUGAAGACAUGAUGUUAAAAUAUGAUUAUCAAAAUUUACAAAAUGCUGAAUAUAAUUUAGCAAUUCAGACUACCAACAAACACGCUUUGAAAUUGAAUAAAUUAAACAACACAAACGUCAUUGAAAACAGCAUAAGCGAGCGAGAAGUAGAAGAAAAUUCUACAGAAAUUCUGUUAUUUGUAAUUGAUAUUUAG